GAGCGCGAUGCCUGAGGGCGCCGUGAGCCGGGCUGCCCCCGAGCCCUGGGACUGGUCAGUGAGAGAGCUUACUGGAAGACCCUGUGCAGUGGGAAGGGAGUGCCACUGUUGAGACAAAGUCCCAAGACUGAGCCAGGAACUGUCCCGGGGUCUCCUCGUUAUGAUGGCUGUGGAAGGGUCAACCAUUACCAGCCGGAUCAAGAACCUUCUGCGAUCCCCAUCCAUCAAACUACGCAGGAGUAAGGGAGGGAACCGGCGAGAGGACCUCAGCUCCAAGGUGACCUUGGAGAAGGUGCUUGGAAUAACGGUGUCGGGAGGCAGAGGACUCGCCUGCGACCCCCGAUCCGGUUUAGUUGCCUACCCGGCUGGGUGUGUGGUUGUGCUGUUCAACCCUCGGAAACACAAACAGCACCACAUCCUCAACAGCUCCAGGAAAACCAUCACUGCCCUUGCCUUCUCCCCUGAUGGCAAGUACUUGGUCACUGGAGAGAGCGGGCACAUGCCUGCCGUGCGGGUGUGGGACGUGGCCGAGCACAGCCAGGUGGCGGAGCUGCAGGAGCACAAGUACGGCGUGGCCUGCGUGGCCUUCUCGCCCAGCGCCAAGUACAUUGUUUCCGUGGGCUACCAGCAUGACAUGAUCGUCAACGUCUGGGCCUGGAAGAAAAACAUCGUGGUGGCCUCCAAUAAGGUGUCCAGUCGAGUGACAGCGGUGUCCUUCUCCGAAGACUGCAGCUAUUUUGUCACGGCAGGCAACCGGCACAUCAAGUUCUGGUACCUGGAUGACAGCAAGACCUCAAAGGUGAAUGCCACUGUGCCCCUGCUGGGCCGUUCAGGGCUGCUGGGGGAGCUGCGGAACAACCUUUUCACUGACGUGGCCUGUGGCCGGGGGAAGAAGGCGGACAGCACCUUCUGUAUCACAUCGUCGGGGCUCCUGUGCGAGUUCAGCGACCGGAGGCUGUUGGACAAGUGGGUGGAGCUGCGGAAUACAGACAGCUUCACAACCACCGUGGCCCACUGCAUUUCUGUGAGCCAAGACUACAUCUUCUGUGGCUGUGCUGAUGGCACUGUGCGCCUCUUCAACCCCUCUAACCUGCACUUCCUCAGCACUCUGCCCCGACCCCAUGCCCUGGGGACAGACAUUGCCAGCGUCACUGAGGCCAGUCGCCUCUUCUCUGGAGUGGCCAACGCUAGGUACCCAGACACCAUCGCCUUGACUUUUGAUCCGACGAAUCAGUGGCUGUCUUGUGUAUACAAUGACCACAGCAUUUAUGUUUGGGAUGUGAGGGACCCCAAGAAAGUGGGCAAGGUGUACUCGGCUCUGUAUCAUUCCUCCUGCGUCUGGAGUGUGGAGGUCUACCCUGAAGUGAAGGACAGUAACCAGGCCUGCCUGCCCCCCAGUUCCUUUAUCACCUGCUCCUCGGAUAACACCAUCCGCCUGUGGAACACAGAGAGCUCCGGGGUACAUGGCUCCACCCUGCACCGAAACAUACUCAGCAAUGACCUCAUUAAAAUCAUCUACGUGGAUGGGAACACUCAGGCCCUGCUGGAUACCGAGCUGCCCGGAGGAGACAAAGCUGACGCGUCCCUGAUGGAUCCCCGCGUGGGUAUCCGCUCCAUGUGUAUCAGCCCCAAUGGACAACAUCUAGCUUCAGGAGACCGCAUGGGCACACUAAGGGUACACGAGCUGCAGUCCUUAAGUGAGAUGCUGAAGGUGGAGGCCCAUGACUCGGAAAUUCUGUGCCUGGAGUACUCCAAGCCAGACACAGGUCUGAAGCUGCUGGCGUCAGCGAGCCGGGACCGGCUGAUCCACGUGCUGGACGCUGGACGAGAAUACAGCCUGCAGCAGACGCUGGACGAGCACUCAUCCUCCAUCACUGCUGUCAAGUUUGCAGCCAGCGACGGGCAAGUCCGCAUGAUCAGCUGUGGUGCAGACAAGAGCAUCUACUUCCGCACCGCGCAGAAGACUGGAGAUGGAGUGCAGUUCACACGGACACACCACGUGGUGAGGAAGACGACCCUCUAUGACAUGGACGUGGAGCCCAGCUGGAAGUACACGGCCAUCGGCUGCCAGGACCGAAAUAUCCGGAUCUUUAACAUCAGCAGCGGGAAGCAGAAGAAGCUGUUCAAAGGGUCGCAGGGUGAGGAUGGCACGCUCAUUAAGGUGCAGACAGACCCCUCCGGGAUCUACAUUGCCACCAGCUGUUCUGACAAGAACCUCUCCAUUUUUGACUUCUCCUCAGGCGAAUGUGUGGCCACCAUGUUUGGCCACUCAGAGAUUGUCACCGGCAUGAAGUUUAGCAAUGACUGCAAACACCUCAUCUCUGUGUCAGGGGACAGCUGCAUUUUUGUGUGGCGCCUGAGCUCUGAGAUGACCAUCAGCAUGAGGCAGCGUCUGGCUGAGCUGCGCCAGCGUCAGAGAGGGGGCAAGCAGCAAGGACCGUCCUCUCCCCAAAAAGCUACCGGACCCAGCCGGCAUGAGGCCCCAUCGGUGCUCUGUCCUGGACCAGCUCUCUCAUCAGACAGUGACAAGGAGGGAGAAGAUGAGGGUACAGAAGAGGAAGAACUUCCAGCCCUCCCCGUCCUUGCCAAGGGUACCAAGAAAGAGCCAGGUCUGUGGAAGUCUGGUCUGGAGCCAGUUGGUGCCGCCACCGUGCCCAGCGCAGCCCUGCCCCGAAGCCUGUCCCACUGGGAGAUGAGUCGGGCACAGCAGACAAUGGAGUUCCUGAAUUCGGCUCCAGCAGCCAACCAAGGACCCAGAAAAAGGGGGCGCUGGGCUCAGCCGGGUGUGGAGCUGAGUGUUCGCUCUAUGCUGGACCUGAGGCAGCUGGAAGCACUGGCCCCUAACCCUCGGGGCCCUAGCCAGGACUCACUGUCUUUGAACCCCGCUGGUCUUGGGAAACAUGCUCAGAAGGCCUCUGAGACCUCACCUGCUGGCCAGAGGAAGGGGUCUUUGCCCAAGACCUGGAGCCUGCCCCCACUGAAGAUGGCAUUGUGUACCCAGAGCCGAGCGACAGCCCCACCCUGGACACCAGGCGAGAGUCCCGCCCCAGUGGCCCUCGGGAGCCAUGUGGUCUCCAGGCGUCCCUUCCUCCUGAGGGGUUUCCAGUUGGGGAGGUUUGGGCCCGGGGCCUCAGGGCUUGCCUGCUAUUUCAUCCUGCUCAUCCUUAAUCCUUCUCACAGGUCGGGGGGAGGAAGGCGGGAGUCCAGUGGGGCCGUUGCUCCCCUCUGCUCACUGCUGCUCAUUUCCCAUGCUGACCUCCCCAGCAGUGAGUUCCAGGUGCAGGCUCCAGCCCGAGGCGCCCUGGGAAGAGUGUACCCCGGGGGCCGGGCCUCAGAGAAGCAUAGCCCUGACAGUGCCUGCUCUGUGGACUACAGCAGCAGCCGCCUUUCCAGCCCUGAGCACCCCAAUGAAGACUCUGAGAGCACGGAGCCCCUGAGUGUGGAUGGCAUUUCCUCAGACCUUGAAGAGCCAGCUGAGGGUGAUGAGGAAGAGGAGGAAGAGGAGGGCGGCACUGGCCCCUAUGGCCUUCAGGAAGGCAGUCCCCGGACGCCGGAUCAGGAGCAGUUUCUCAAACAGCACUUUGAGACCCUGGCCAAUGGGACUGCUCCAGGGGGCCCAGUCCGGGUCUUGGAGAGGGCCGAGUCUCGGAGCAUCUCGUCACGAUUUCUGUUGCAAGCGCAGACCCCCCCGCUCAGGGAACCGUCCCCGUCCUCCUCAAGGCCAGCACUGAAGGCAGGACCAAUGCAGGUACCCCACGCUGCUUCCGGCGAGCCGCUGAGAGGCAGUGACGUCAGUCCUCCGGGAGCACCCCCGGAGGUGGAGCCCUCCCCUGGGAACCCCACCUCCCAGCGGGCAGCCCCUGUGCUACUGCCGCGACGCCGACUCAGCCCGGACAGGAGCUGGGCCCCCAAGAGAGCUGGGCCCCCACCUGGCGCCUCAGGUGGACUCCAGAAGGCUCAGUCUGUGCACAGCCUGGUACCACAGGAUGCGGCCCCUCUACCAGGCCCAUUGUCCUCACAGGAGACGGGGGCCCAGGAGGGCCUGCGCUCCCCGCCGCACACUGAUGGCCACCUGUCGAGGCCCCAGUCCUACCAGAACUCCAUCACCAGUUCCACGGCCAAGAUGUCCCGCAGCGUCUCUGUUGGGGAGAACGUGGGCCUGGCGACAGAACCUCACUCUCCUGCUUCCGUCCGCGUCUCACCGCUCAGCAAGCUGGGCCUGCCCAGCCGGGCUCAUCUGGUCCUGGACAUCCCAAAGCCACUGCCCGAUCGUCCUACUCUGGCCACGUUCUCUCCUGUAACCAAGGGCCGGCCCCCUGGUGAGGCAGAGCAGCCUGGCUCCCUAGCAGGCCCAGGAAAGGCUCACAGUGCGCCUGAGAGGCGGGCCUGUCUCGGGGACGGUACCGCUCCCAAGCCUCGGACAGACUGUCAGGCUCAGCCUGGGCCCGGCAGCCCCUGUGCUCAGCAACUGCCACUUGGCGGCCUCCUCCGAGGCCCUGACAACUUGCAGCCCCCAGCCCCUGAGAAGAAUCCCAGCCCUGUGGAAUGUGCCAGGCCAGGGGCAGCCCUGAGCCAGGACUCAGAACCAGCGGUAAGCCUGGAGCAGUGCCAACACCUUGUGGCAGAGCUGCAAGGCAGCGUGCGCCAGGCGGUGCGGCUCUACCACUUGGUGACCGGCUGUAAGACGCCCACAGCGGAGCAAAGUCGCGUCGCUCACCUCCUCAGAAACACCUUCUCUUCAGUGCGGCAGGAGCUAGAGACACUGACCGGGCCAGUGUUGACCAGCCCAGGUGGAAGCCCUGGGUCUGUGGGGGCCGAGCAAACACAGGCCCUGCUAGAGCAAUACUCGGAGCUGCUGCUUCGGGCUGUGGAGCGGCGUAUGGAACGCAGACUCUGAGUUCCAGAAGCCCGUCCCAAGUGAAAAGUCCCCUUAUUCCAGACUCUACCCAUUUCUCCACUCACCAAAACCUGUGGGGAUGCUUGGAGUGGAUUGCAGGGAUCAGUGCUCAGAGGGGGAACAGCUUUCCCCACUGUGUCCCUGUAUUUAUUAAUUUAUUUCCCUGACUGUUGCCUCAUGUUCUUGGACUCCUGCCUCCACAGCCCCUCCAGUGGCUCAUGCAGGGGUAUGAGUCUGUCAUCUUGGUGCUGUGAGGAGUAGGGAGGCAGCCUGCUCCAUCUGGGGGUAAUCGGGAAGGGCUGGCCCUCUUCUUAGAAGCCAUUUGAAUUUACUGCAGGGAUCAGCUCCCUGGGGUGGAGCACACACAGGGUAUUCAGUGGGGUGUAGGCGAGAGGCGAGGGUGCAUUCAGUGCCCUUCAGCCAACAACUGAGUUUCACCUCUACCUCCACUUCUCCCACACCAGCUGCACUGCCCUGGCUGCCAGAGAAGGGGUUAUCGGGUUUCACCCCCUUCCUGGCAGGCCAGAAAGGCAGAGCCCUCUGGCCCUCCAGGGCGUUUCCCAGCUAUAAAGAGGCUUGAAUUGUUAUCAAGUCCCGAGCCCCCACAUUCCACUCCCACCCCUUUCCCCCUCCAGCAGGGCCCUUGCAUUGCCUGCUUCCUUUUUCUCCUGGCCAGGACUCUUGGAGCCAGCUCUGGGAUGUUGCUGCAGGACAGUAGAGCUCUCUGUUGGGCAAACAAGGAGACCUGGCCAUUUACCCUCUGACUUCCCUAACUGCCAACUCUGGUCCCCAGCAGAUUGUUGGAAUCCUGAGGCAACCUUCUCCCUGGAUCCUUGAGUGAUGCUCGGUCAGAAGCCUGUGUUGGAACUUCCCUCAUGGUUUACAGGGCACUGUCCCACCUUCUAAGAACCUUGGCCACAGAUGAAAUCUCUCUCUCUCUCUCUCUCUCUCUC